AUGCUUGGAUACGCUAAAAUAGCCAAUCCACGAAAAUUUAGUCUAUCACCAAAAAAAAGUCUAUCCUUUUCAACAGAAAUCCACGAAAACAACAAAAUGUCCUCGAAAACAUGGCCCCUUUCCACAGUCUAUCCUCAAAAACCGCCUAUCCACGAAAGCAACAGUCUAUCCCCGAAACCAGUCUAUCCUCGAAAACAGCCCAUCCACGAAAAAAACAGUCUAUCCUCGAAAACAGUCUACCCACGAAAACAGCCUAUCCACGAAAACAACAGUCUAUCCACGAAAACUGUCUAUCCACGUAAACAGUCUAUCCACGAAAACAACAGUCUAUGCCCGAAAACUGACUAUCCACAAAAACAACAGUCUAUCCCAGAAAACGGUCUAUCCUCGAAAACAAUCUAUCCACGAAAGCAACAGUCUUUUCCCGAAAACUAUCUAUCCACGAAAACAGACUAUCCACGAAAACAACAGUCUAUUCCCGAAAAAUGUCUAUCCUCGAAAAGAGUCUAUAAUCUAAAACAGUCUAUCCACGAAAACAACAGUCCUUCCCCGAAAACAGUCUAUCCGUGA